CUUUGCCAACUUUCAUUUUUGGAUCGCUUCCAUCUUCCGUCUCGCCCGUAUUCUCGUCGCCUCGUCCUUCAUACAUGUCCUUGUCUUCGUCCCCGUUCCCCGCGCUCCCUUCCCUGCCAUUCUCGCCGUGUCGGCCUCGCCCUCCCAGACCGAGGCUUCGGCUUGCGGCGGUAAGCGAGAGUCGGGCGAGGGAUGCGCCUCGCUUGGAGUCGGACCGGGCUCGGCGGUCGUUCGGUCACUCUGAACAGGUGAAGAAGGUGUCCGGUGCCGAGAAUGGAGGAUUGGACGUGCUUUAUGAUGAUGGGUUCGGGGCCGUCAGCGUCAAGGACUACUUCGACGCCGCCAAGGCGAUCGAUAAGCCCGACGGUGGCCCUCCUCGCUGGUUCUGCCCUGUCGAAUGCGGGGCGCCGAUAAGGGACUCGCCUUUGCUGCUCUUCUUGCCUGGUACCGAUGGCGUUGGAAUGGGGUUGAUUUUGCAUCACAAAUCUCUUGGAAAGGUUUUCGAAGUAAGGUGCUUGCACAUCCCGAUAAAUGAUAGAACACCAUUCGAAGGACUUGUAAAGUUUGUGGAGAACUCUGUGAAGAAUGAGCAUGCUAUGUCUCCGGAUAAGCCUAUAUAUCUUGUUGGAGAUUCCUUUGGUGGAUGCUUAGCUCUUGCUGUUGCAGCUCGCAAUCCUAACAUUGACUUAGUAUUAGUGUUAGUCAAUCCAGCAACAUCAUUUGGCAAAUCUCAAGUGCAGCCUUUAAUCCCUAUCCUGGAGGCUCUACCUAGCAACCUUCAUGUUACUGUUCCUUACCUUCUUAGCUUUAUCAUGGGGACUUGGGUGAGCCAUGUCUCAGUGGCGAGCCGGAUUGGUGAUCCUGUAAAAAUGGCAAUGGCGAGUGUGGAAGAUAACCUUCCUAUACUGCGAACAUUUGAAGAAUUGUCAAACAGUCUCACUUCAUUAUUGCCUUUGCUUUCGGAUUUGGCAGAUAUCAUACCCCGGGACACUCUUCUGUGGAAACUCAAUCUGCUAAAGUCAGGUGCUGCUUAUGUGAAUUCUCGGCUGCAUGCUGUAAAGGCUGAAGUACUAGUUCUUUCUAGGUACUUUUCACCAUAUAGUGGCAAGGAUAACCUGCUACCAAGUGGAGAUGAAGCAGACCGACUUUGGGCUUCACUAAAGAAUUGCAAAGUUAGAUAUUUCAAGGACAGUGGUCAUACCUUACUACUGGAAGAUGGCAUUAAUCUGUUGACUAUUCUUAAAGGCACUAUCACAUACCGUCGGUCAAGACGACAUGAUAAUGUAACAGAUUACCUUCCUCCAUCUGUCAGUGAUUUCAAAACAAUUCAUCAAAGUGAUAGGUGGUUUAAAGUUGCAACAAGUCCAGUCAUCUUCUCUACCCUGAAAGAUGGAAGGGUUGUGAGGAAUCUUGCUGGGGUUCCUGAUAAAGGUCCUGUAUUAUUAGUGGGUAACCAUAUGCUGAUUGGGCUCGAACUUCGUCCCAUUUAUGAAGAGUUUUUGAGGGAGAAAAAAGUUAUCAUACGUGGCAUGGGACACCCAGUUUUGUUCUCGAAAGCAACUGAAACCUCACGGAAAGAGAUUUCUACCAUUGAUACCAUGAGCAUCUAUGGUGCAUUGCCUGUGACUCCUUCGAACAUGUAUAGGCUGUUUUCAAGAGGAUCAUUUGUACUCCUUUAUCCAGGAGGUGCUCGUGAGGCCUUGCAUCGUAAGGGUGAAGAACAUAAGUUAUUUUGGCCAAAGAAUCCUGAAUUUGUUAGAAUGGCUGCUCGCUUUGGGGCCACAAUUGUGCCAUUUGGGGUUGUUGGAGAGGAUGACAUAGUGGAGCUGGUUCUUGAUUAUGAUGAUCAGAAGAACAUUCCAUUCGUCAAAGAGUGGAUAGAAGAAAUGAAUCAAGAUGUUGGGAAGAUAAGGGUUGGUGUUGAUGACGAGAUUUCAAACCAGCAAUUUUAUUUUCCUGGACUUCUUCCAAAAUUACCUGGUCGUUUAUAUUAUCUAUUCGGAAAACCAAUUGAAACACGAGGAAUGGACAUUCUGAAGCAUAGAAAGAAUGCAAAUGUUCUAUAUCUGCAGAUCAAGUCAGAGAUUGAGCGCAUAAUCUCAUACUUGAAGAGAAAAAGGGAGGAAGAUCCAUACAGGAACAUCAUACAGCGGACUCUGUAUCAAGCUUCUUGGGGUUAUUCCGCUGAAGUCCCCACAUUUGAUCCAUGAUAAAGAUGACUUUCCUAAACCAAUAUGCAAUACAGAGACAUUUUUACUCAGAUCUUCAACUGCAUAGGUUACAGGGUUGCAAACUGUGUAAAUCAAGAAGCAUCGACCAUGUUAAAAAAUUUGAAGGUUUUGAUCAAUUAUUGGAGAAGUUUGAUAAUAAAGCUAAUUUUUCUGCCUUCAUAAAACUGAAGGUUUGGAGAAUUGAUUUGCUAUAUUUCAAUGAUAAAAGUCUGUCCUAGAGAUGUCACUAUUUUGGCUACAACUAUUAUGAAACAUUUUAUUAUUUUGAGUAAAUUUUGGUGAUUCCACUGC